UUCUGUCCUAUGGACUUACAACUUGACUCUGUGAUUAACCUCGGUGUGUCCGCGAUGACUAAUCUGCAAACAUAUUUGGUAACUUUCCAGGCCUGCGUUCAUAUCCUUUUCAAACAGAACGCCUGCGGUUCGCUAGGAUUCAGCGACACAGGACAUCCGUCUCACAGCCGAACGAGAGCCACACGUUCGCAACCUGUUUCCCCCUACAUGAAGACCAUUUUACUGAACGGCAUGUCCAUCGGUCACGGUCAGGCGAGAGCAGUGUUCCCCGGGCGCGUAUCGGAGAGCCGGGCGGACUCCUUCAGCCCGUCCGGCCAGUGGGUCUGCCGGGAGAUCGGCCCCGGCUGCCAGACGCAGCCGGGGUCUCACGCCGGACACGGCAGGUCGCAGGCCGUCCUGGGGAAGCCGCCCCUCCACGACGGGGUCCGGCGGGCCAGCAGCGCCCGGUCCCCGGCCGCCCGGGACAGGGGCAGGCAGCGCGAGCAAAGCUGGGGCGGCGACACCCCGCCCCCGGGGGCGCCCGCGACCGGCGCCGAAGGCGAGCCCCUGUCUCCCAGCCUGGACGAGACGAUCGAGAACCUCAACAACCUGAUCCUGGAACUGGACCCCACCUUCCAGCCCAUCGGUACCUGCCCCAAGCCCAGCUACCUGUCGAGAGGCAGCCAGCGGCCGCAGGACGCAUCCGGGGACGACCGGCUGCUGGACGCGUACGGCCCAGGGAUCCUCCUUUACGACGAGUGGGACUCGAGGGGCGCAGGCCACGGCGGCGCCUCGCUGGGCCGCAAGCCAGAGGCGGGCUGGCCGGAGCUGGAACUCCGCAGCGCCGCCCCCUUCUACAGGACGCCCGAGUCGGCAGGGUGCAGCGGGCUCCAGGUCGGGCAGGCGUACGGUCCCUCCAGCUCCUCCGCUCCGCUCUUCAGAGCCGUCUCUCCCGAUUCCUGGAUUGUAGAAUCGUCGACAGCGGUGGCAGUGCCGAUUUCCCAGCCGACGCAGGGGGCCCCGUGGUUGGCCCUGGACUCCAGCUCGUCCCAGCAGAUCUACCAGCCCGUUGCAGCCCCAUAUUCCAGCAGCUACAGUGGGUCAGUGGGCGGUUCCCCGCCUCACCGGCACGGCAACCUAGCCCUGACGAGGGAAGCCCCCGUGUCCUACCUGUCAACGUCCGCAGGCUCUGACAAUCAACUUAACUCCCAUCAGGGCCAUCGAUGCAGGCUGGGUGACAGUGCCAGCUCUUUGCUCUCCACCUCUUCCGGGGGAUGGGACACCUUGGGAAGUUCUCACUCGCUGCUGAGCGACGAUGGAGAGCCGGGGACGAUGUACCGGUCAGCUGGGAGCACCUACGGCUCGUCCGGCUCCUUCGUCAACCUGACGAGCCCGCACGGCGUCCAGCAGCCCUACCGGGCCUCGGACUGCCAGACGCUGCCGCUGCCCCGCAUGCCGGCGCAAGCGCCCCGUCUGCCGGGGCCGGCGCCCGGGCAGCCGCCCCGGCGGGGGGUCAAGAAGGAGUCGAGCAGCUGCCCGGCGUCCGCCGCCAGCUCCUGCACCGAUAUCCCGCUGCUCCUGGUCAACGGCAGCGCGCUGGGCCCCGAGCCGGAGCGGGAGAGGCGGCGGCAGGCGUCCGGCUCGUUCAGCACCGCCAGCCUGCCCCGCUCGGCUUCUCCCAACAGGGCGUCCGCCAAGUCUUCCAGCGCGACCUCGCUCACGGAUCUCCCAUGCAGCGCAGAACCUACUGUUAAAUUUGUACAAGGCACAUCCAAAUAUUGGUACAAGCCACACAUCAGCCGGGAGCAGGCCAUCGAGAUGCUGAAGGACGAGGAGGUCGGUUCCUUCGUCAUCCGGGAGAGCUCCACCUACGUCGGCUCCUUCGGCCUGGCCCUGAAGGUGUCGCCCGGCCCCGAGAGCCCGGAGAGGAAGACGGGAGACUCCCCAGCCGUGUCGGUCCGGCAUUUCCUCAUCGAAUUCUCCCGGAAAGGAGUGUGUCUGAAAGGAGGAGCCCAGGAGCCGUAUUUUGGAAGCCUCUCAGCUUUUGUCUACCAGCAUUGCAUCACCCCCAUCAGCCUGCCUCACAAGCUUCGCCUGCCGAGGACAGACUCUCUGCGGGACACGGCCGAAGGUGCCGGCUCUGGGGCAGCGGGCGGCAACGUGUCCCCCCCGAGGAACCAGCAAGCAGAUCACUGUGUUUUGUACCUGAAGUCCGUCGCCAUGGAAUCUCUGUCGGGCCCCCAGGCCGUCCUGAAAGCUGCCUCCUACGUGCUGGAGCAGGGGCCCCUGCCCGAGGCCACCACCGUCCAUUUCAAAGUGACGGAACAGGGCAUCACCCUCACGGACAGCAAGCGGAAGCUGUUCUUCCGACGCCACUAUCAAGCCAGCUCCAUCAAACACUGCGGCCUGGACCCUCUGCAGCGGCGGUGGCGGAAGGACAACAAGCCGUCAAGGAUCUUUGCGUUCGUGGCCCAAGAGCAGGGCGGCAGGUCGGAGAACGUGUGCCACGUGUUCGCGGAGUCGGAGUCGGAGAACACGGCCCAGCCCAUCAUCGGUCCUGGUGAACGAGACCCUCCUGAAGCCCCGAGGUCCGCCCUGACCGCCCAGCUCCCUCGGAGCCUCACCGCCGCGCCGUGACGAAACGCCCCUCGCCCGCAGCCAUCCGUCGCCGCGCUGCUGGAAUUCCCUUCCGCAGACCGUUUUAUUCCAGGGCCGCGCAGAUUUCGGGCUUAGCGGGGUUUUUUUAUUAAAAAAAAGGGAAACCCUCCCGCCCAGAGCGGCGGAUGUUCGGGGUGGGGGGGGGAGAGAAAUAAAUAAAAUUAGCGGGGAUGUUACCUGCGGGUCUGGCCCAGGGACGCGAUGACCCGAUUCCUUCCCACCCCGAAUUUUCACCUGUUAGCGUCUCGGACGGACUCGGUUGCCGAGCAAAAGGUGUGUCUGAGGGUCGGCGGUGGGGGCGGGACGUCUUCAUUCCCGCCCCAGGGAGGUGUCCGAAGCGGUUUCCGUUCGGAACUGGGCGACGCGACGCUGGGACGACUCAGCGGCUUCCGUGGACAGGGGCUGAGCGGUCAGACGCCCCCGAGCUGAGACCCUCCGUCAGGACCCCUCUCCUCUCGUGGUCUUGACAAGCCCCUGGAACGGUGCUGCGGGAGGAGGUGCAGGGGGCAAGGGUGUAGUACUUCCCUCAGGGUGGAGGGUUCUUUCAUUUCCUCUCCUCGUCCGGCCCGCCGGACCUUCCAACGGCAGCUCGUCAGGCUCCACUAUGCUGGGCAGACGUCUGAGGAUGGGCCGCUCGUCUCCAGAACAGAUGCGGCAGAGAGGAAGGAUUUUUUUUUUACCGGAAACGGGGCUGGAAGAAGUCUAUAGACCAAGUUAAAUGGUAGGGCAUUGAGGAAUGCAGUAGAACAGAGUGAUCUGGGAAUCAUGGGGCAUAGUUCCCUGAAGGUGGAAUCUCAUGUGGACAGGGUGGUGAAGAAAGCUUUUGGUAUGCUGGCCUUUAUAAAUCAGAGCAUUGAGUAUAGGAGUUGGGAUGUGAUGUUAAAAUUGUACAAGGCAUUGGUGAGGCCGAAUUUGGAGUAUUGUGUACAGUUCCGGUCACCGAAUUAUAGGAAAGAUGUCAACAAAAUAGAGAGAGUACAGAGAAGGUUUACUAGAAUGUUACCUGGGUUUCAGCAUCUAAGUUACAGAGAAAGGUUGAACAAGUUAGGUCUUUAUUCUUUGGAGUGUAGAAGGUUGAGGGGGGACUUGAUAGAGGUAUUUAAAUUUAUGAGGGGGAUAGAUAGAGUUGACGUGGAUAGGCUUUUUCCAUUGAGAGUAGGGGAGAUUCAAACAAGAGGACAUGAGUUGAGAGUCAGGGGGGCAAAAGUUUAGGGGUAACACGAGGGGGAACUUCUUUACUCAGAGAGCGGUAGCUGUGUGGAAAGAGCUUCCAGUAGAAGUGGUAGAGGCAGGUUCGAUAUUGUCAUUUAAAGUAAAAUUGGACAGGUAUAUGGACAGGAAAGGAAUGGGGGGUUAUGGGCUGAGUGCGGGUCGGUGGGACUAGGUGAGAGUGGGCGUUCGGCACGGGCUACAAGGGCCGAGACGGCCUGUUUCCGUGCUGUGAUUGUUAUAUGGUUAUAUGGGUCGGUGGGACUAGGUGAGAGUGAGCGUUCGGCACGGACUAGAAGGACCGAGAUGGCCUGUUUCCGUGCUGUAAUUGUUAUAUGGUUAUAUGGGUCGGUGGGACUAGGUGAGAGUGGGCGUUCGGCACGGACUAGAAGGGCCGAGACGGCCUGUUUCCGUGCUGUGAUUGUUAUAUGGUUAUAUGGGUCAGUGGGACUAGGUGAGAGUGGGCGUCCGGCACGGACUAGAAGGGCCGAGAUGGCCUGUUUCCGUGCUGUGAUUGUUAUAUGGUUAUAUGGGUCGGGGGGACUAGGUGAGAGUGGGCGUCCGGCACGGACUAGAAGGGCCGAAACGGCCUGUUUCCGUGCUGUGAUUGUUAUACGGUUAGCUGUGAGGGUCGGUAGGUUAUUAGGAGACAUCGGGGGGGGGGGGUGGUGGAGGAGAACUGGUCGGGUCUUUUCGUCCAGAAAGAAGUCUUCCUGACGGGGAACGGAAGUGUUUCCGGGAACAGGACGUCCCUGGUGAUAGUGAAGCGGUCGGGACCAGGGAAGUGAAAGUGGAUGAAGAGAUUGAGAGCAGCCACAGAGAAGCUAGGCCAAGCACCAGGCCCUUCGGCCCAUCUAGUCCAUGCCGAAUCCAUUGAAGCAGCCUGCUCCCAUCAACCUGCACUGGGACCACACCCCCCCCACACCCCUCCCAUCCAUCUACCAAUCCAAACUUCUCUCAAACGUUAAAAUCCAGCUCGCGUUCACCGCUAUUUAUUAACCGACUUUCAGACUUUCUCAACCCAUAUUUUUUUUAAAAUACUCCCUUCAUUGCAGGUUAUAAUAAAUAAUUAUCUGAUAUAUCUAUAUUGUUGUGAAUACUUCAGACAACACUACUUUAUUUUUAAAAGAUUAAUGAAUGUAUCCAGAUGAUUAAUACUGGUUCUACGUCACUUUAUAGACUGUAUUUCGAAGAUCUAAU